CAAAAACAUUUGACGCGGAUGUAGAGAGUGUGUAACCUGUAAAGAUAGCACCACCUCCCGAUCAUUUUGUUAGGCUGUGAUGCCCUGGUAAUUUGUAUACAUUUACCGAUUUCGGGGAGAAGUUGCUUCUUCAGAUUCACCAUCACCUCUGACGGGACCCUCCGGAGGAUAAUAAUCAAUUGAGUAUUGAUACACACCCAACUAAAAAGUAAUUUUACAGGGACGUCAAAAUGCUACGGAUUUACUUGUGCUUGAGUGUUGUUGUCAACGUGGCCGUCUCGCAGGAAGCUGAGGAACCCAUCUCAUACACGUGUACAGAUGGCUAUACAUUUGACAUGGAACGACAAGAAUGCAAAGACGUCAACGAGUGUACCACGGUGCCCGACGCCUGCAAGGGCGGCAUGAGGUGCAUCAAUCAUUUCGGAGGCUACUUCUGCCUGCCCCAGAAUGCCCAGAUCAUCGUUAGUAAUGGUGACGACGAGCCCACCGUGGCCCCUCUGGUGGAGGAACAGCCUCCUCUGGCACCCGCCCCUGCUUUGCCUAUCCAACGGGUCAUCCAGAGCUCUUUCCAAAGCCAGGGCACCAUGCAGUGUGCCGCAGGGUUCGUGGUGGACGAGCUCAACUACUGCCGUGAUGUGAACGAGUGUGAGGGGAGCAACCCCUGUCAACACCAGUGCUACAACAUCAUGGGCUCCUUCAUCUGCCAGUGUGAGCAGGGUUAUGAGCUAACCUCCAACCAAGCCUCCUGCCAAGAUAUUGAUGAAUGCGCCUUCUCGAGUUACAUGUGCCAGUGGCAGUGUGUGAAUCAGCCCGGAGGGUAUGUCUGUACCUGUCCCGAGGGAUACCAGCUCCAAGGCAACCGAAUGUGCCAAGACAUAGAUGAGUGUGAAACAGGAAACAACUGCCGCGAGGACGAGAUGUGUUGGAACUACUUUGGUGGUUUCCGCUGCUACCCCAGGAACCCUUGCCACGAGCCCUAUGUGAAGACAGGAGAGGGGCGUUGCAGCUGCCAGUCGCUCACAAUUUGCCGAGGCCUGCCGCCGUCCAUCGUCUACAAGUACAUGAGCAUCUCGUCGGAGCGCUCCGUCCCAGCCGACAUCUUCCAGAUCCAGGCAACGAGCGUCUACCCUAACAUGCACAACACCUUCAGGGUCAAGUCUGGCAAUGAGGGAGGGGAGUUCUUCCUCAGGCGCUCCAGUAACGUCAGUGCCAUGCUGGUGAUGACCAAGCCGCUGACCGGACCGCGGGAACACGUGGUCGACCUGGAGAUGGUCACCCACAACAAUGUCCUCAACUACCGCUCCAGCUCUCUGCUCCGGCUCACCAUCAUCGUGGGACCCUAUGCCUUCUAAGUUCCAGUUACAAAUUGCUCUUAAUCACAGAUCUUAAAUCAGUUUACCCGUCCCCAUAUCUCAUAUUAUCCAUUAGAGGAUAAAAAGCAAAACUGGCCUUAGACCAACACACACAGAGCACAUACUGGAGGAGCAGGAGGGUGGAAUCGCCAGGCCACAAUAUAGUCACUUUAUGCAUCACUGGCUAAUGAUAACAUUGUAAGAGCAUAACGUGACUUAAAUUGAACACAACUCUUUCUUACUCAUCCUUUGCUAAAUGUACGUAUUGCACUGUAGUAGGAGAAUGAGUUCUCAUCACAUUGAAAUCGUUGUGAAAUCUCUCAACAUUAGUCUAGUCAAGAUGUCAAGAUCCUGCAGAGAAAUUACCAGUGUUUGAAAUCACACUUGCCCUUUUUAUCUUUUACCAUAGUUGCCAAGUGAGGUUCACAAUCACAUCAUAUCCCCUUUAACAUCACUGAUUUUGUUUGUUUGGAGAGCUUUUCAUUUACGUAGUUGAAAAGAAACGUACAGUAAUGCAAUGUGAUGUCAAUAUAAAUAGCAAUUGUCUUUGAAAAGAGACAUAUCUGUUUCAGUUUUCUUGAAGAGAGAUAAUCUUUAUUGGACGGACUAUGAGCUUCUGACCAAAUUACGUGGGAUUUUAGUUCAGGGUUAACCGAGAUUAGAAGAGAGACAAAGGCACCUAAAACAGUCAAGCUUAUUGGUGAAGUGUGAUUUAAUGGGUUACAAGUAUAGUGAUUUGGUGAGGACUGUGAUGGAACAGUUUGCAGUGUGUAGUAAUCCAAUGGCAUCCUUAACGAAUGGAAAUGUAUGAUCACGUCAACCCUCAUCGGAGAGUUGCUCGGCAACCUCUGUCCAAUGGGAAUAAAGCAAUAAUGCUUUUGGACGCAAAAGUGAUAUUUUCAGGAAAUCAUUGGCAGUGUUGUUUGGUCAUACAGGCAGGGGAAUUGUUGCUUAACAUGUCUGUAUGUGUGCCAGAUUCCCUCUUGAUCCUGCACAGAAUUUCCAGUCAACGAUCUGCAACAAACAGUUAGUCAGGUCAUUUCGACACAGAGUGCCUUUCAUAAGGAGUCAUUGAAUCACAAUUUGAGAUAACUCUGUUUUUUUAGUAGAGGAUUUGACUCCAUGACACUUUUUGAAAUAAAUGUCAUGCUUGACCAUCAACAAGGAAGCUCAAUUGAAUCAAAAGGUUCCCACUUCGAAUGACAUGCAGUUUCAACUGUGUAUGUACUAUAUAUUGGUAGGUACAGUGUAAAUACAGUAUUGCAUAUCUCUGUGGUUUUAACAGUCAAUUUGAGCAAAUGUCUGUUUAUAAAAACUGUUCAAGAGGUAACAGUUGUAACAGUUGAAGACCUACCAUAAAUAACACUGUGGUUGCAAUGUACCUGCCUAUAUAAUAUACCUAUAUAAUUACCAUGUAGAUACAUAGUUCUGGCAACAAUAUUAUGUGGAAACAAAUGUGGUUACAUUCCAAUAUGAAAAUUAUUUAUUGGGGUGGUAAUAAAAUGUAAUUAAAGACUGAAAA